UUUCAACAAUUAUAAGCGAGAGAGAAGUGUAUGUGUCAAAAGAGAUGCCUCGUGGAACGCUCGAAGUCAUUCUUGUGAGCGCAAAAGGUCUUAAGGAUGCUGAUUUUCUCAAAAAAAUGGAUCCUUAUGUAAUUCUCACUUAUCGAGCACAGGAGAAUAGAAGCAGUGUGGCAAGAGGUGGAGGAUCUAACCCUCGUUGGAAUGAGAGCUUUCUUUUCACAGUUUCUGAUAAUGUUGCUGAACUUAAUCUGAGGAUUAUGGACAAAGAUACUUUUACUCGGGAUGAUUUUCUUGGUGAGGCAAGAAUUCCAUUAGAACCAGUUUUUGCUGCGGGUAGCAUUCAGGAAACUUCUUACAAUGUUGUUAAGAACCAGAAUUAUUGUGGAGAGAUUAAGGUGGCUCUCACUUUUAAUCCUGAGUGGUAACUUGGGUGAUGAACUCCAAGAGGAAAGCUAUAAACAUGGGAGGAUGAGGAUGGAAUGAAGAGAGUUACAGGAGACAAGAUCUAUAAGUAUUUUAAAAAAAUAAAAGUAUUAAAUGGAUUUUGAAAAAUUUUUGUAAUAAAUUUAUAUAUCUUGGUGAUAAAAAGAUGAAAUGCGUUCUAGUUGAAAAUUUUCAUAAAUUUAUUAGUCGU